AGUAGCAAAUAUAUUUUCAGUGGUACUCAACUAAAUAUAUCGCUAUAUUAUUUAUAAACAAGAAAAAAAUUAUAUAUAAUUGCUGAAACUGUUACUUCAUGUACUGGCAGUUUAAAUUCAAUAUAUCAAAAACCGGUUUACUCUUCCGCUUCACUAACGAUUUUUCGCGGCAGCUUUUUGCAGCCACCGCCAAAGCUUUUAUGUCUUUAUGCAGCAUUUAAAUGUCAAAAAUCGUGGUUGCUGCUGUCUAUUGUGCCUAGACCGAGGUGGUCCAAGAAAAUUUUCAGCCAGUACAUAAAAAUUCAGUCAUCGUUCGAGUCGUCUAAAGAAAUGGCAGCCAAUCAAUUCUACGAAAACAGAUUUACAAAUUUUCAUAAAAACCAUAUAAAACUAUUUGCUGUUUAUAUGAAAACAGCAAAUUUAAUGCAAAAUUCCAACGUGCUCAAGCGAUCGCUUUAAACGUGUACAAAUUGUUACAAUUAAUUAAACCAAAACCAAAUGAAGUUGUAGAAUAAUUAUUAUAUACAUGUAUGUGUGUAUGUAUGUAUAAUUUCGGAGCGGCUUAGUAGAGGAGAAGCAUUGAAUUUUCAUGGAAAUUUUUGUCUAUGAGACUUUUUAAGUUCAAACAAACAAAAGAAAGUGCAGAGCAGCCAGUUUGUAUAUACGAAAAUAAAAUGCAUUAUAAUUUGCUGGAGCAAAACGUAAUUGGAAGUUGUAGCUGCAACAUGUAAUUUUCGAAACGUGUACUAAUGAAGUCAUCC